GGAAGCGGCGGCGGGGGCGCGGCGAGCGCGACCAUGGGCGCCCAUGGGCUGGAGGCGGCCGUGGUGGAGCUGCAGCCGGGACCGGGACCGGGACAGGACCAGGACCGCGUUUCAGAAAGCAGCGCGGAGAAAGGGCACGCAGAGCGCCAGCCUGUGGUGAUCCUGCUGGGCUGGGCGGGCUGCCAGGACAAAUACCUGGCCAAAUACAGCGCAAUCUACAGCCAGAAGGGGUGCACUGUCAUCCGCUACACGGCUCCAUGGAGGAUGAUAUUCUUCUCUGAGAGCUUUGGCAUCAAAUCGCUCCAGACCCCAGCCAGGCGACUCCUGGAGCUACUCUUUCACUACAGGGUUGAAGACAGACCGGUUCUUUUCCAUGUUUUCAGCAAUGGUGGUGUCAUGCUGUACCGUUACAUCAUCGAGGCACUUCGCACCCACAAGUCGUUCCAGAACCUCAGAGUAGCAGGCACCAUUUUCGACAGCAGCCCUGGCAGAAGAAACUUGGUAGGAGCCCUUCGAGCCCUGGCAAUCGUCUUGGUCUCCGUGAACGUGCUGCUCAAGUAUUUCCUCCUGCUCACCUUUGCCACUGGAGCCGUCGUGCUGAGGGUGCUGCUGUACCCCCUGACCCGCUUCGUCCAUGAGAGCCACUACGACGCCCUGCUGAAGGCGCCCUCGCGCUGGCCCGAGCUGUACCUCUACUCCCAGGCCGAUGCCAUCAUCAAGGCCAGCGAGGUGAAGCACAUGGCUGACACCAGGCAGCAGCUCGGUGUCCCCGUGAAAGCCGUGGACUUCUCGGACUCGCCCCACGUCAGCCACAUGCGGGUGUAUCCCACCUACUACAGCAGCCUCUGCCUGACCUUCCUGUCUGACUGUGUGCAGGGCUCACCUCCCUAGCGCUGCAGUGACCUUCAGUGCUUGCUUUGCUCAGCUUGUAAGGGAAAUUGUCACCCCCUUUACCUUUGUGUCUUUGAAGGGAGGAAAGUAGAGACUUCUUGUUUGGUUUGGUUCGGUUCUGUUCUUUUCCCCCCCGCUGUCUACAAGUCUGGAAGCCUCCAGCCUGGUCUUUGGACCGGCCACAUUAUAGCAGAAAGUAGAUAUGGAUUAAUUUAUAGUACUGAAGGUGAAAUCCUGUCAUGGUUCAUGUUGAUGUACUUUACCAAGGUGUCACAGACCAGAAUUUCACACUGUUAUUUGUCUCUUCCUGUCUCUUCUUGUUCUCUGCUUUCCGUGUUGUCUCCUUGUCCCUGAUGUCCAAUGUGCAUGUUCUAUGGCUUGUACUGAUUUAACAAUACAGCUCUUUCAUGUCUUUGUUGUUUGUUCUUUUUUCUCUCUGCCAUUUCUUUUAAUUGCAGUGAGCAAAGAGAACCAAGCCUGCAGGAUUUUUUGCUCCACUCAGUGCAUCCCGACUGUUGUUGUGCUCCUUGAUGGAGAUCAGGCCCAGAAACCAAGUGUAAGAUCUGGAAAAGGUGUGUGCAGGGCAUUAUGAGCAGCCUGUCACCUGGUUUCAUUAAAUAGCUGAGAUAGAACAGUCAAAGCUCUGAUCCUGGGUGGGAGCUUAAAUGUUUGUUUUAACUUUUGUGUUCUUCAACCCAAAGGUUUAACUUAACGUUCUUGAAUGUGUCUUGUGUUUUGUUUCUCUUUCUUCCAGUCUUUUGUGUGUUCCACUGAGUAGUUUUGCUUUCUUGGAGAACUGCUUCUUUGUUAUUGAGUGUCUUUGAGCAGCCUGUAUUGUGCAUCUGAAUAUGCAGGGAAACUUUUGGGUUACAGCUGUGCCAGACCUCUGAAAUAGAAAGGUGGAACUGCAGAGGAAAAUG